UCACAUGCUUGCGAUGCACACCUACAAUUAUACGGUUUCUUGUCGAUGCUGGUUGUUGUCGGUGCGGCUAGGUGGACCAGUUGACGGAGAUACGUCCGAUACGAGAUGGCAGCGACAACGGACACUGAGAGAGAGGGCCGCUGGGUUGUGAAAGCGUCGCAAGGGUCACGUGACGCCAUCAACCCCGUCCGUGGAUUCGAAGAGAACCUCUUCAAAGACGCCUUGAAGGCCAGAAGAACCGACAUCGAGUUCAUAAAGCUCUCCAUUGGGGACACAACAGCUCUACCAGUCCACCCGGCAGUGCCAGAGGCCGUGAAGAAAGUUCUUGAGUUGGGAGGAUGCACAGGCUACGGACACUCCCGAGGUCUGCCUGAAACCAGAGCAGCUCUAGCUCGCCUCUAUUCUCCCUUCACUCUGGACCCUAGAGGACUCACUGCUGAGGAUGUGAUAAUGACGAAUGCGUGCUCUGGGGCUCUCGAGACGUGUCUGACAGUCUUGACGGAGCCGGGACAGAACAUUCUGGUCCCCAGUCCAGGGUUUGGCCUCUACAGCUGUCUGGCCGGAUCCCGCGGUAUCAAGUGCCACUUCUACAGACUACAGGCAGACAGAGGUUGGGAGGCUGACCUUGCUGACCUGGAGAGACAGAUCGACUCGGAGACUGCGGCCAUCAUCGUCAACAACCCCUCGAACCCCUGCGGCUCCAGCUACUCCAAACAACACCUCCUCGACAUUCUGGCCAUCGCUGAGAGACAUCGACUCCCCAUCAUCGCUGACGAGAUAUAUGCCUGGAUGACAUUCCCUGGUUCAGAAUUCCACAUGUUGUCUUCUCUCUCCGAGACUGUCCCCAUCCUCUCCUGCUCCUCUCUCUCCAAGAGAUACAUGGUCGCAGGCUGGAGAAUGGGAUGGAUCAUUGUUCAUGACAGACAGAAUGCCUUCAGAGAUGAGGUGAUUCCGGGAUUGGCACGACUGGCCACCAAGGUCCUGGGGCCCUCUACUCUGGUCCAGGCCGCCAUUCCUGACAUCAUCUCCAAGGUCCCCGAGGACUACCACCAGAAGAACCUCUCCCUCUUCCACAGGAACGCUCUACACAUCAUGGAGAUCCUUGGCCCCGCCCCCGGACUCUUUCCCGUCAUGCCUCGUGCUGCCAUGUACCACAUGGUGGUGAUAGAGAUGAAGCAUUUCCCAGAGUUUCAGUCAGAUGUUGAGUUCACAAAAGCUCUCGUCAUUGAGCAGAGUGUGUUCUGUCUUCCCAGCCCAGCGUUCAAUACGAAGGACUGUUUCAGGAUAGUGCUGGGGUGUGCAGAGAGUAAAAUCCAAGAGGCUUGCAACCGCAUCGCAGCGUUUGCCAAACUCCAUUACAAAGAAUAGAAGCACACAGUUGUAAAGCACAAUAUUUAUGGUCACAAUGUUCAGAUAUUUAUUUAUUCCACCAUUGUUUAAAACGAAAUGACACACGUGUGCAGAGGGCGGUAUAUUUCAAUUGUCAGUCUUGGCAGCAGGUGUUUCAGCAUCCCCUCUGGCCUCCUCUGGUGGUGGGGGUUCUGGGUUCUCCUCUCCAGCUUUCCCCGAGAACCGCAUACAACUGCCGUUGAUACAGUACCUCUGACCAGUCUUCUCUCGCGGUCCAUCCUCAAAGACAUGUCCGAGAUGAGCUCCACACUGACCACAUAUUACCUCCACUCUUCUCAUUCCAUGGCUCUCGUCCACAACUCUAACUACGCUGUUCGACUUGCUGACUACAUCGGAGAAAGAAGGCCACCCGGUGCUCGAAUCAAACUUGUCCUCCGUCUCAAACAGUCUGUUUCCACACACCACACACGAGAAGACGCCGUCUUCCUUGACGUUCAGGUUGGGACCUGUGCCGGCUCGCUCCGUGCCUUUCUGCUGCGUGACGCGGUACUCUUCGGGCGUUAGUUUCUGUCGCAGCUCGUCUUCGGUGAAUUUCACCUUGGGCUCGGGGGCCGCCGUGUAGAGCGGCACCUUUUCUUUCCCCGGACCAGAGUUACCCAUGAAGACUGCUGUGGAGGCGCUGACUGGACGGCAGACGAGGAGAGACGUCGAUACUCGCAGUGCAAGUACUAGCGACCGCGGAGAGAAGAAACGGAAUUUCCGCAACAUUGCACUGU